CGCAGUCGAACGAAUGGAUCAAGUUUCCAACUACCAACCAUGAACUGAUGGAGGCCAAGCAGAUAUGGUAAAGCAUGUAUAAAUUUCCGACAGCAAUUGGUGUAAUUGAUUGUACACAUAUAGGAAUCCUGAAACCAAAUCGCCAUGGAGAUGAGUCUAUCAACCGAAAAGGGAAACCUACUUUAAAUGUGCAAGCCACUUGUGAUGCCAGAGAGAUGUUCACAAGUGUUGAUGUCAGUCAGUGGCGGCUCAAUGGAAGCCAUAAUUUUGAAUCGAUUCAAAAUUGUAAAGAAUAACUUAUAACUUA